CUUUCAGCAGGUUAGAUCGCGUAUCAGUGCGCUGAGUGGAACCGCAGUUCUCACGCUGGAUACAGAAAAAAAAAAAACCUUCCAGUGAAACCAUCAGCGAAUAUGGAUCUGAAAAACGCGUUUAUUGUCUGAAUAGUGCUGUUUAUCGAGUGUGUCCUGGAUAAAAAGAGCCGCCGGUCAACAUCGGAUCAUUCAAGGGUCUGCCUAAGAUCAUCUCUACUAGGAUAUCCACAGCUUUGAUGCAGCACAGUGUUGAAAUAAAUCCAAGAUGACGGAAGAGGUGAUUGUCAUCGCCAAGUUUGAUUACAUGGCCCAGCAGGACCAGGAGCUGGACAUCAAGAAGAACGAGCGUCUGUGGCUCUUGGAUGACUCCAAGUCCUGGUGGCGUGUGAGAAACGCCACCAACAAGACGGGCUUCGUCCCAUCCAACUACGUCGAACGGAAGAACAGUGCCAGGAAAGCCUCAAUCGUCAAGAACCUCAAGGACACAUUAGGGAUUGGAAAGGUGAAAAGGAAAACAGGCAUGCGUGAAACAGCGUCCAAUGCAGACUCUGAUUUCUACCCAGACAACGGUGAACGUCUGUAUGACCUUAACCUCCCUGCGCUGGUCAAGUUCAGCUAUGCGGCCGAGCGGGAAGAUGAGUUAUCGUUGGUUAAAGGAACGAGGGUUAUCGUGAUGGAGAAGUGCAGUGAUGGCUGGUGGAGGGGAAGCUACAACGGCCGUUCGGGAUGGUUCCCUUCCAACUACGUGACAGAGGACGCAGAUGGAUCAGCGAGCAAUGAUUCUGCUGGACUUUCAGACAAACUGUCUGCUGUUGUUCAAAGUGCGAAUGGCAACCGUGUGCUGCACACAGUACAAGCACUCUACCCGUUCAGCUCGGGUAACGAUGAAGAGCUGAACUUUGAGAAGGGGGAGGUUAUGGAUGUAGUGGAGAAGCCAGAAAAUGACCCAGAGUGGUGGAAGUGUCGUAAGUCAGAUGGGCAGAUGGGACUUGUUCCGAAGAACUACGUGACUGUUCUGCAGGAGUCGCACAACUCGGCCAGCAUGCCGGGGCCACCCACACCUGACUGUGACUACAUUGAGCCUUCAUCCAGCGGCCGCUUCGCAGGAAAGCAGUGGUACUACGGGAAGGUGACACGCCACCAAGCAGAGGUGGCGCUUAACCAGAGGGGCUCAGAGGGAGACUUCCUCAUCCGGGACAGCGAGUCCUCGCCCAAUGACUUUUCAAUAUCGCUGAAAGCUCAGUCCAAAAACAAGCAUUUUAAAGUCCAGCUGAAGGACAACCUGUACUGCAUCGGACAGCGCAAGUUUAACACAAUGGAGGAGUUGGUGGAACACUACAAAAAGGCGCCCAUCUUCACCAGUGAGCAGGGCGACAAACUCUACCUGGUCAAGGCUCUGGCUGCCUCCUGAUCCCAGUAGAAAAAACACCAAGAUAAUAACAAGGACUACACUUCCAGAGAGAUGGAUAGAACGGGGAUAUCAAGCAUUCCAAGAAAGGGAGGUACAGGGAGAGACUGACCAGAUGGACUCCCGCUCAUUCGCUCAGAAACUUUCAUUGAGGGACUCGCCCAAUGUAUCAAAAUACAGUAUGUUUAGACCAUAGGUGAUGCAUUGUAUUUUGAUGUCAACAUGUAUUAGGAUUACAAAACUAGGUCUUUUUUUUUUGUUAAUAUAUAAAUAUAUAUUCUUUUCAUUGAUUUCUAAAAUGUAUUGUUCAUUUGUUCUUGAACUUCCCUGCCAAUUUUUUUAACUGUCCUUUCGAGAUUCUGCUGUUGAACUUCUUUCCAAAGGUCUCACAUACUGUCUGUUACUGCCUGCAUUGCCUGAACUACACAGACCUAAUUGACGUAAUCUGCUAUAUUUAUUAGGAAUCAAUAUCUCUGCUCCAACAAUAAAAGCGAGCGAGCGAUAUCGUUUUGGGAUUAAACUUAAACUGUAAUCGAAAGUCGGAAGUCUUGCAGCUGCAUGUUUCCGACCUGAAGCUAAGCCUGUAGUCUAUAUUUAUGAAGAGUAAAGAUCCGAAAGUUCUACGUCCAGAACAAUCCGGAUGCCAAUUAUUGCGGUUUGUCAGCAAGUUUUAAGAAUGGAGUCCUAAAUUUGUCAUCUUGGAGCUGUCAGAAUCCAUGCUAUGCCAUAAAUAUGAUCUGUCUCUGCUUUGGCUUAGCUGUGAUUGAUGUCUUCUGCUAGACAUUUAUGUGAAUGAACGUGGGAGUUUCUUCAUCUUCAUUGGAGCCUUGCAUUGCCAUGACUGAUGAUUAAAGAAGAUUAAACCACACUGGUGCACACAAAAGGUCUUUCAUGAUUUAAUGUUUUACUAAUAAAGCCUUCUUUCCUGA